AUGCGAGGCUUACUAUACAUCAAAAGUGGAAGAGCUAUUGAGAGCCAAAAGAUGUCAACGAAGAGCUCUUCCGCCGAUUGGACACCGCUUUCGGGUCAACGGAUGGCCGCCGACGACCACUCGAUGGCCGCAGAGGACAGGGAGGCGUUGGACCGGAAGUACUCACUCCACAGAGCGGUCUUCGACGCGGAUUUGAAACGCAUUUCGCAUUUAUUACGCAAUUAUGACAUUCAACUCAAAGACACUCACGGCAACUCUGCGCUCCAUCUGGCGGUGAUGUUGGGCCACAAGGAAGUGAUUCAGCUCUUGUUGGCGCACUCGGCGCCCGUCAAGUGCAAGAACCACUCCGGAUGGUCACCGCUGGCCGAAGCCAUCAGUUACGGCGAUCGCCAGACCAUCGCGUCGCUUUUGCGGAAACUGAAGAAGCAGUCGCGCGAGACGAUGGAGUGCCGCAGACCUAACCUGAUCCGCGCGCUCAACACAAUGCAGAACUUCAGGAUGGAGUUGAAGUGGGAUUUCCAGUCUUGGGUUCCGCUGGUGUCGCGAAUCCUCCCGUCGGACAUCUGCCGCAUCCACAAGAAGGGUUCGGCCAUUCGGUUGGACACAACGCUCGUGGACUUCUCGGACAUGAAGUGGGAGAGGGGAGACAUCACGUUCCUCUUCAGCGGCGACUCGAAGCCCUCGCAGUCGCUGACAGUCGUCGACAACAAACUCAAAGUCUAUCAAAGGGUUCGUUACGAAGAGUCGGAACAGGAAGUGGAGGACGAAGUGGAUCUGUUGAUGUCGUCGGACAUUGUCAACGCCCAGAUGUCCACCAAAUCCAUUACGUUCAGUCGCGCGCAGUCGGGUUGGCUGUGGCGCGAGGACAGGUCCGAAAUGGUCGGCACUUUUAUGGCCGACUUCUACUUAAUCGGCGGUUUAUGUCUCGAGAGCCGCAAACGAAGGGAACACUUGACGGACGAAGACUUGCAGAAAAACAAAGCCAUUAUCGAGAGUUUGACGAAAGGGGGCGCCAAUGGCGGCGGCGGCGCCUCCUCUGGCGACGAGAUUGUGGCCAAUGGGGAGACCAAUAGCGCGGUUCAAAGACGCAAAUCCCUGACUCCGCCUCCGCCCACAACAGUCACGUGGGACGAGUACGUGAACGCGCCCUCUGGACAACACCCGCCGCUCGGCCGACAACUCAUUUGUAAAGAAACGGUGAAAGCGUUCAAAGCGACGCUCGCUAUGAGCGAAGAGUUCCCGAUGACUGUGGACUCGCUGUUGAACGUGUUGGAAGUGAUCGCGCCGUUCAAGCACUUCAACAAACUGCGCGAGUUUGUCCAGAUGAAACUCCCGCCCGGAUUCCCCGUCAAAAUCGACAUCCCGAUUCUGCCGACAGUUACGGCGCGCAUAACAUUCCUGUCCUUCCAAUUGGACGACAAUAUUCCCGAAACUCUGUUCGAAAUCCCAAACGACUUCACCGAAGACUCGAACCGUUUUCCCGACUUAUGA